AUGCCAAUUAGGUCACCAAGGUCAAGCUUAGAAACCUGCAAUGGGGCUUCAACAGAAAAUUUGAUACUAGAGCAAGCACAAAUGCUGAGGAGAUUAGAAAAACAAAUCCAAGAACUCCAAAGCCAAAUCUGCUAUACUCAGCUUGAAAGUCCAAAACCAAAAUAUCAAUUUGCAAGAAAUUCUCCAAAAAUGGUGAACUCCUCAACAAAUACUACAAUUGAUAAAAAAUCGCCGUCAUGCAGAACUCUUUUUCAUGAAAAACAAUCGGCUUCGACGAAUAUUAUUUAUUAUAUUAAUUUGAUGAAAAUUUUUAAAAAAAAUAUAUUUAUUAUGCUGUAGAUGGAAAAGAAUGAAUUAAUAUAACAAGAUACACUUCAUUUAUGCAUAAAGACCGUCCUAAAAGACCACCCCGAAUGCCAAGAGUCCCUAAUUUAAGAUUUUCUACUGAAGGGUCUGAGUCUUCAGAAACUUCUCCAAAAUCCUCUUUUCGAGCCCUGCAGCAUCAGCAAGAAAUUCAUAUUUUACAGACUCGUCACAGGAUCUUCCUAAAAAUCCCCCCAAAGCUAAAACAAAUUCUCGUGGGAAUUCAGAUACUACAAUAG